AUGGUGUCGCAGUCCGGGCCGGCUGAGGAUGCGCGGUUCAGACUCGUGUGGAGGGAGACGGAGAAAUCGUGGACCCCCGCGCUCGUCGCGGCGCUCCUGGGCUUGGACCUGGAGGUCGACGCCGCCGACGACAUGGGGCGUCCCCACGACGAAGGUGAAAAGGCAUCGGCGGUCGGCCCACCGCGGCAUGGGCGCGCUAGGGUUAGCGGAUGCCCGGGUACCGAGGUGACCGUGGAGGUGCCCACGUUGAGAGACCUCAAGCUGGCGCUCAGUUUUAACGGUCUCGAGGUGCCGCUCACGCACGGAUACCGACAUUACCGCCUCCAGCCGUCGCCACCGCACGACAACAUAUCGGAUGCGCAGGUACCUGGCGAGGAUCCGCCGCUCGUCGCGCAGCUCGCGCCGCUGAGCACCGAGGAGAUACUGACGAGGCUCAAGAAGGCUAGGAGGGAAGACGAUACAUCGCCGCCGUCCAAGCGACGCAAGGCGCAAGCAAAGGGGAGCAAAAACAAGACGCUGGCACACGCGCUCGCCGUCAACGACCUAGCACGAGCGAUGGGUGGCGUGAGGCCGGUGUAUCGAUGUCCGGGAGCGGCACCGCUCCGACCGGCCGACUUUGACGAGCUACGCGGGAAGCUUCUCGAAGCGCUGCGCGACUUUCAGGACUUUUUCGACAACCCGCAGCGCAAGGGCGUUCGAUCGCGGAGGUACCUCGUGCUGAAGCGGAAGGCGGUUGAUGACGCGGAAAAGUUUCGUAGGCGUUCGGUGGUGGACGUGCCGGAUCGGUGUCGGUCGGAAAUGGUCGGAACUGGGAACAAGGUGAGGGAACGCGCUCGGGUGUGGAGCCUAUGCGAAGAGGCGCUGCGAACCUUCUUCCUCGAGGGUCGUCAUCCCGAGUACGACAGUUUGGCGAUAACUUCCGAUUUUAGGGGCUCGCCCCACGUGGAUAAGAAGGAUACGUCGCACCAGUACGUGCUCGCGCUGGGUGACUUCGAGGGUGGGGAGCUGUGCGUCGAGGCUGGCGAGGGUGGCGAGAAGACGCUGGCGGUGGACGUGAAGAACAGACUCGGCAGGUUGGACGGGAGGGUGCCGCACUGGGUCAGCGGCUGGACCGGUGAGAGGUUCUCGCUGGUUUUCUUUCGAACCGGUGGGACACCGACGCCGAUUGAGCCCGUGGACGCGCACGUGCGCUGGAUGAAGUCGCAAUCGAUAGGAUCUUAG